GUUAUGGCCAGAAACAGCAGUCGCAAGAGGACGCAGGCAGAGCACAUAAAGAUUAAGGCCUCUGAUCCCCAAGAAGAUGAGACCGACUUCAAGCACGACAAAUUUGGGGGUCUUGGUGGAAUGUUUCAGAAAUCACAAAAAGAGCCAACCCCUACCUUCACAAGCUACCUGUCAGAUAACGAGAAGCCUGAAGCGCCCACCCUAGAAAAGGAGCAGUCCUCAGAGAACACCAAGAAGAGACUGACUCAGGCCAAACAAGACAAAGGAGGACUGAUGGGAGGAAUGUUCCGGAAAGCAACUAAUGACAAACUCUCUUCUCCUUCACUGACGGUCAGCAGAGUAAAUAGUGAUCCCAAUGACACACAAGAAAAGACAGCUGAAAGCACUCAUGACAAUCUCUCAGUUCACAGUAAGCUUUUAGCCAGCAACAACAGUCUCUCUGACCACAACGACACCAAAGAGAAGGGAGGUAUCUUCAGUGGAAUGUUCAAGAAGUCUUCCAAACCUGCGGAAGAACCACCUCAAGCAGAAGAGGACCAGCAGUCACUACACAGUGAGCUCUCAGCCAGCAAUGACAGUCUCUCUGACAACAAUAACCCUAAGGCAAAAGGAGGACUUUUCAGUGGAAUCCUCAAAAAAUCCCCCAAAGCUCCUCAAGAGGGCACACUUGCAGAGACAUUACACAGUGAACUAUCAGCUAGCAAUGACAGUCUUUCAAACAACAACAGUAAAGAGAAAGGAGGCAUAUUCAGUGGAAUGUUCAUAAAAUCUCCCAAGCCUGCUGCUGAUGCUUCUCAACCUGAGGACAAGCGGUCAUUACACAGUGAGCUCUCAGCCAGCAACGACAGUCUGGCUGACAACAACAACCCUAAGGAGAAAGGAGGGAUGUUUAGUGGAAUCCUCAGGAAAAAAAUGAAAGCGUCUGGAGAUGGAACACCUGCACAGGAAAACCUCUCUACAUAUUACGAGCUCUCAGCCAGCGAUGACAGCCUGUCUGAAAACAACAAAAGUACAGAAAAAAAGGGGCUAUUCAGUGGAAUACUCAAAAAGACCCCCAAAGCAUCUGGAGAUGAAACACCUGCACAGGACAACCUUGCAACACGCAAGCUCUCAGUCAGCAACAACAGCAUUUCUGAUACCAACAACACCAAGGAGAAAGGACGUUUCUUCAGUGGAAUGUUCACAAAAUCUCCUAAACCUGUCGAUGAAGGCUCUCAACAAGAAGAGGACAAGCGGUCAUUACACAGUGAGCUCUCAACCAGUAAUGACAGUCUCUCUGACAACAACACUAUUAAGGAGAGAAGUAAAUUCAGUGGAAUGUUCAAGAAAUCUCCUAAACAUGCUGCUGAAGGCUCUCAACCAGAAGAGGACAAGCAGUCAUUGAACAGUGAGCUCUCAGCCAGUAAUGACAGUCUCUCUGACAACAACAACCCUAAGGGUAAAGGUAUAUUCAGUGGAAUGUUCAAAAAGGCUCCUAAAACUGCUGAAGCCUCCCAACCAGAAGAGGAUUCAAAUUUGGGAACAGACUGUAAUGACAACCGCUCAGAAAGCAAGGACAAAACAGGAGGACUCACUGGGAUUUUCAAAAGGUCUCCAAGGCCGUCGCCAAAGCCAUCCCCACGAUCCACUGUUACUAAGGACCCUCUCACUGAGUACAAGGAACUCUCUGCCAGCAAUGACAGCCUCUCAGACUUCACCACAAUUAAGAAAAAUCUCUCUGCACAAAGAGGACUUUCAGCCAGCAAUGAUAGUCUUUCCGACACUACAACCACCAGCAAAGAUAAAAAAGGAGGGUUUGGAGGAAUCUUCAGGAGAACUCCUAAACCUGUCGAGCAACAGGACAGUACGGACACAGAGACACCUGUGAGGGGUAGUCAGCUGAGGCACCGGAGGACAAUCAAGAGGAAGAGACGGGUUGUGUCAUUCCAAGUGAAAAGAACACUCCCAAGGAUUCCAAAACGUACUGCUGCUCGGGACUCUGAUAAGGUUUCUAUCAUUGAGGAGGCUGUGGAGAUGCAGUGGCUGGCCCCACUGCAGGAGAGCACAGUAGAGAUCCAGCCUGUGGAGAUGGCAGCAUACCCCACUGACGGAAUCAACCUUUUGGAGUCUGAAGAGAUAUCUGAGAGUGAUGGCCUGUUGGACUGGUGGAGAGCAGUCGAAGGUUGGGAGCAAUGGAAUGAAACAUCCAAUUUCCAAGAGGAUGAAGCAGAUAUGGAGGUGGAGCAGGUGGCUGACCGUGUGUUCAUGGCGGCUCAGCUGUUUGUGCGUCUCUUCAACCAGCGGGGAGCGUCGCUGCAGGGCCGUAUCCUGGAGCUGCUGGCCCAGGCCGAUGCUGCUGACCAGUUCCACAAGAGGACGGUGGCGGCCGCUGUGGGGGGAGGCGUGGCCAGCGUGUGUGGCAGUGUGGCCACCAUCACCGGCCUCAUCCUUGCCCCCUUCACCUUCGGAGCCUCCAUCAUCGUCACCGCUGUAGGCAUCUCCGUGGCGACCGCUGGAAGCAUCGCCUCGGCAACGGCCAACAUCACGGAUACAGUGCACUCCAACAUGGACUGCAAGAAAGUGGCGAAGAUGAUCCAGGGCUACCAGGAGGAGAUCAAGGACAUCAGGGAGUGUAUGGAGUUUGUACAGGAAGGUAUGGAAGCUCUGCAGGAGGGGAACUUUGAAAAGUACACUGAGAGUGCCAACAAGAAGGCUCUGAACCACAACAUAAAGCAUGUGAUGAAGGAGGGGGGGCGGGCCGGAAAGAAACUGAUGAUCAACACAGACAAGCUCAUCAGCACCGUGCAGGUUCUAGGCGCGGCAGGUGGGGCCGCCAAAGCUGUUAAGGCCAUCAGCGUCACCACAGGUGUCAUGUCGGCUCUCUUCCUCGCACUUGACGUCUUCUUCCUCGCCAAGGACUCUCACGAGCUGUCCAAGGGCGCCAAGACAAAGUUCGCCACCAAGAUCCGAGAGAUGUGCAAGGACCUGCAGGACGGGCUACUGGAGCUGAACAAAGUGAAAGCCCAGCUGCAGAAAACCAUAGAUGGGAUCGAGCUGGAAGAGUACGAGGAGGAGGAGGAAGUGGAGGUGGAAGUGGAUGAUGAGCUAGAGUCAGACCCAGUUAAACUAGCUCAGCUGGAGCAGGACCUGGACCAGUUAGAGGAGAAGUUGAACAAGAAGGUCCAGGAGGAACAGAAAUUGAAUAAAAGCAAGAAGGAGUCAGAUAAGAGUGAGGAAAGGGAAAUUAAGGAGGAGAAGAAUAGUAAAAAGAAGGAUAGUAAGAAAGAGAACAGAGAGGAGGAGGCGAGAACUAAAAGUAAAACAAUCGAAUUGGAGACGUUGUGUGAGACUGAGAAAGUGGAGAUGGAGAAAGAGCGGACGAGUGAGAGUGGAGACACUAGUGGUAGUGUGAAAGGUGAUAAUAGCAGUGUUCCUAAUAAAAAAGGAUCUGAGAAAGGGAAAAAGAAAGAGGAAGGAAUAGAGAGUAGAAACGCCAAUGAAAAAGGAAAUGUUGAGAGCAAAAACGAGAAAGGAAAUAACAGAGGCAGUACGAAUGAGGAGGGUGAAGAAAAGGCAAACGAGAUUGAAAAACAAAAAGGUAGAGGGAAUAAAAAUGAGCCAGCUGAUACAAAGAGAGGGAUUUCGAAUGAAAAUGUAGAGUCUGAAAGGGGGAAGAGUGAAAGAUUGAAGGAACAAAAAGUAGCUGGAUUGGAGACUAAGAUACAAGUGGUUGUGGUGAGGGAAACUUCUGAAAGAGGAAACUCAAGCAGACAUAGCAGCAAGACUGACAAAGAGAAAAUCCAGAAGAGGAGUCAGAGGGAGAGAGGCAGUAGAGAUGAAAUACCAGAGAUUGUUCCAGGGAGAAGACGCAGUAAAGAUCUGAAGAGUGGGAGCAUAACUGAAACAGGUGAAAUGGAGAGAAGGAGGAAGACUCAAAGGGGGGAGGUAGAGAGGGGGGUUAGGAACUGGAGAGCAGAGAUGGAUAGGGGAAGUAAAGAUAAGUACAGUGCUGACUUAAAGGGAGACUCGGAGAGGGGGAAGACAAAGGAGGAAUCUGAGGUGAAAAGAAAGAGUGGGGUUGAGAGAGAGACAGCUAAAUGGGCCUUUAAGGAGGAAGGAGUGACAGAGAGCAUGUCCAGGAGGGAAAACAAAGACAGGGAGUUGGGGAGUAAGCGGGAAAGAGCUGAGCAAAAGCGUGGGAGUAAGAUUAAGAAAAUGCAAAGAAAAUGUGGUAGCGAGGGGGGCAUCAGAAAUGAAGAUGGGGAGGUUCAUCAGAGUGAAAGGGACAGGAAGGAGGGUGAUGUUGAAAGGAACAAGAGAGAUUGUGAUGCUGAGCAGAAGCCUCUACGCCAAGGCUCUCGUCCACGCUCCAAACCUAUCUGCCAAUUUUACAUCUGAUGCAUUAUUAACUGAGUACUUAAAGAAGUAUUCUAAAAGGGAUUAACCUAGUGUUUGGUUUUAUAUGAUUUAUUUGGGGACAUAUUAAGAGAAAGACAGUCAUUGUGUUUUUAAUAUUUGAUAGAGCAAUGGAACUCCAAAAUGUGCCUUUUUAUACAAAUUUUUCAUGACAAUGUGAUUUUCUAAACUUUUUUUAAACAAGUUCAUUGUAAAGAUUGUUGUAUGAUGAAGUGUGAAUAUUUCUGCCACCCACAUACAGGAAAACGGUUCCAAAUAAAUGACAUUAUUACAUGCUCCACCA